CCCAGGCGGGCGUGGCGAGGAGGCGGCGGCGGAGCGAAGCUGGCUGCGGGGAGAGCAGGCAGCCGCCGCCGGAGCGCCAGCAAACCUGGAAGAAAGACUUUGUCUUGGAGCUAACUCCUGAGCAUUUUGAGAUCAUUCAUCAUGAAGUAUGUAAUACAGGAAUGGCUCAGAGUAACUACCUUGCUAUUCAUAGCUCAAGCAGUUUCUGCAAUGGUUCUUCCCAAUGCCACGCUCUUAGAGGAACUUUUGGAAAAGUACAUGGAUGAAGAUGGUGAGUGGUGGAUCGCCAAGCAGAGAGGGAAAAGGGCUAUCACAGACAGUGAUAUGCAAAGUAUCUUGGAUCUUCAUAAUAAAUUACGGGGUCAGGUGUAUCCACCAGCUUCCAAUAUGGAAUAUAUGACAUGGGACACAGAACUGGAGAGAUCUGCAGAGUCAUGGGCUGAAACCUGUCUGUGGGAGCAUGGACCAGCAAGCCUUCUUCCAUCAAUUGGACAAAACCUGGGAGCACAUUGGGGAAGGUACAGACCUCCAACAUUUCAUGUCCAAGCAUGGUAUGAUGAAGUGAGAGAUUUCACAUAUCCCCAUCCUCAUGAAUGCAAUCCAUAUUGUCCAUAUAGAUGCUCUGGUCCUGUUUGUACACAUUACACUCAGGUUGUUUGGGCUACAAGUAGCAGAAUCGGUUGUGCAAUUAAUUUGUGUCAUAACAUGAACAUCUGGGGGCAGAUUUGGCCAAAAGCAGUUUAUCUUGUAUGCAAUUAUUCUCCUAAGGGUAACUGGUGGGGCCAUGCUCCCUAUAAACCCGGCCGCCCCUGUUCUGCAUGUCCCCCUAGUUUUGGAGGAGGUUGUAGAGAAAAUCUUUGUUAUAGAGAGGAUUCAGAAAGACCUUAUUCCCCCCGUGAACCAGAAGAGGAAACCAAUGAGAUUGAACGUCAGCGAUCCAAAGCCCAGGAUGCCACUGUGCAAAGCCGGCCAAGAACACAUCAACCUUCAGCCUCCACAGGCACAGAUGACAGUGAGAAAAAUGAAGUGAUAAGCACGCAGCAAAUGUCUCAGAUUGUUUCAUGUGAAGUAAGGCUAAGAGAUCAGUGCAAAGGAACAACUUGCAAUAGGUAUGAAUGUCCUGCUGGCUGUUUGGAUAGCAAAGCCAAAGUUAUUGGAAGUGUACAUUAUGAAAUGCAAUCCAGUAUUUGUAAAGCUGCCAUACAUUAUGGCAUCCUAGACAAUGAAGGUGGCUGGGUUGAUGUGACUAGGCAAGGGAGGAAAAAUUACUUUAUCAAGUCUUACAGAAAUGGUGUUCAGUCAAUUGGAAAAUACCAAUCUGCCAACUCCUUCACUGUCUCUAAAGUAACAGUUCAGGCUAUCACCUGUGAAACCACAGUGGAACAACUGUGCCCAUUUCAAAAACCAGCCUCACACUGUCCGAGGGUGUAUUGUCCUCACAACUGUAUGCAGGCAAAUCCACACUACGCUCGUGUAGUUGGUACACGGAUUUAUUCUGAUAUCUCCAGCAUCUGCCGGGCAGCAGUGCAUGCAGGGGUGGUCCGCAACCAGGGCGGCUACGUUGAUGUGAUGCCAGUGGACCAAAGAAAGGUCUAUGUGGCCUCCUUUCAGAAUGGGAUAUAUUCAGAAAGGUACAGAGCCCAUCUGCAAAGGUUACACUUUACUCGUGGCCUUGAUAAGGUCCACAGUCUGGCAUUGUGUCUGCUUGUAGCUGGGGCAGUGCUGGAAGCCAAACAAACAGGCCACCAGGGGUGAUUUACAGAGCUUGUGUAACAGCAGCUGCGGUGACUUUGGAGGAGCUGUGCUGGUGGAGCUGCCUGCCUCCUCUAAGCUCAUACAACAUUACCCUGAAAAGCUGCUUAUAAAAUAAAGUAAACCUCUUGUUUG